UUCCUCCCUCCGGAGUGAUGGAUUUCAAGCUGUUUGUUCCCCCCUCCUGGUUGGUGUCAGGCUGCCAUGUGACCUCCCCCUCAAGGUGGCCCUAAUGGGCUGCUCUGAUUUGACCCCCUCUGUGAUGUCACGGAAACUCACUCCCCUGAGUCCCUAAAGAUGUCACAGCCCCAGCAGCCAAUCAGAGUGUGUGUAUAUAAGGGGCAGGCGACUGGGCUGGAGCAACAAGCAGGAUUGACUAGGGAUCCAAAGGAAAGUCAGGAGAAGAGAUCAGAGAAUUGGUGCAAGCGGAGCCUGUCCCAAAAUUCAGAAAGAUGGAUCCCAGUAUCUACUACUGCCCAGAGCUCGCCCCACAGGAGGUCCCAAGCCUGGAGGGAAGAUCUGAUGAUUUAUUAUAUGAUGACUCCGGCUUUCUCCAUGACUCUGACCUGAGCGGCUUUCAGCUGAAUGCAGGGAAGGGACUGUACCCCAACCCAGAGAGCCUGAGAGCUGCAGUGGGUCAGAACAGCUCCGCCCCCUCCUCCGAGCCCUUCCCCCCAGAACAAUCUCGGUAUUACUGGGAGCACUAUACCUCAGGUUCAAGCACCGUCCCAACUCCCGGAAACUCCCUGCCAUGUGAGGAAUUCCUGCCCUCUUUCCAGACGUUGUUACCGGCACUAACAGAGCAAAUGCAGCCAGGGCAGCAGGAGAUGAUGAUGCCCCCUACUGGGGAUUUGCUGUAUCACACUCAGCAGCAGUCUCCCUUCGUUGCUAUGGAUGAGAGCUACUCACAGGGCACAGGCGCUGGCACAGUCGGAGAUCAGAGUUUCUCUUGGGCAUCGCAGGAAUGGCACAGCUGGGACGAAGCAACCUGGAUGGGCUGCAACUCUUUUAAUGCUUCAGUUCCUCCAUCCUCUCAUGUGAAUCCUGGAAGCCUUUGCUCUGCAACAAACAGAGCUCCCCCUGCAGCCUUUGCUCUCAAUGACUCUCCUCACCAUCAAGCCCUCAGUCUGGGCAGUUGCCGUUCAAGUACAGAUAAUGAGAGAUACCACCAGCCUUACAGUCACAACAGCACAGGGAUCAAGGAGAAGAAGCCACUGGCAACAGCAAGUUCCGGCCCAAUUCAGCUCUGGCAGUUCCUCCUGGAGUUACUACAAGAUUCCUCCUGCCAGAAGCUGAUCAACUGGACAGGGAACGGCUGGGAGUUUAAACUUUCUGACCCCAAUGAGGUGGCCAGGCGAUGGGGAAGACGUAAGAACAAGCCACGGAUGAACUACGAGAAGCUGAGCCGUGGGCUGCGUUACUAUUAUCACAAGAACAUCAUACACAAGACUGGAGGUCAGCGCUAUGUUUACAGAUUUGUCUGUGACCUGCAGGACCUUCUGUCCCGACCUACACGGGCAUCACAGCCGCCCACCAAAACCCAAAAAGCCAAAAUCCAAUAAUGAUACAAGUUGACCUGAAGUGGGUCAUGGACUUCUGUGAAUGAGCCCACGGCUGCUGCACACACGGGGGGUGGGGUGAUUCUUAAAUCCCAGUCAUGCACUAUAGCAGAACAUCUGCUCUUGCUGAACUACAAGUCUUAAGUUGGAGACAGUUGCAGCCUUAAGGGGCGGUACAAGCAGACAGUGACUGCAUUAGGCUCCACCCACUCAACAGCAGUUGGAUUCAGGGAAAAGUAAAAACCACUAUAGAGCCCCAAAGCUUCUGCCUCUAAAUUGACUGACGCAAAAUCUAGAAGCAAAAAGGCCUUGAUGGUAAUGUAUAAAGCACAGCAGAGGCAUCACUUACCCUUUUAUAUUAAGGCAGGGUAACAUGCAGCUUCUAUCUAUAAUGAAUUAAAGGGCCACACACACACAGUCUCCAGCACCAAUGAGGACAGCCAGUACUGGAGGCUGCUGGGGGUUAAAACUCAACAACAACUGGAGACUCCCCAAUAAGGCACUGUAUAGAAAAUAUAGUGAUUGGCUGCCUUUCAAGGUUCCAUGAGCGCCCAUUGGUCCAAUCCUAAGGAAGUGGGCGGGCACACUGGGUGGAAAGCUUGUUACAGCCCCGCCUUGUCUUUAUAAGAUGCUCUUUCUCAGGUACAAAUCUACCCAGCGUUUUGUAAAUAGACAGAUGUAUUCUUAUAUUUGUAUUUUCCUAUUAAUAAAUAAUUUUAUUUACUGA